GUGCAGGUAGCGCCGAUGACAGUAGGAUAAGCUCCGGAGGCGAGCCGAGUGUAUAUUCUACUGGUGGUUGGACCACUCUUCCAGUAGGAAGAUGCAUCCAUUUGGUAAGGAGGAAUCUGCAUCCCUGGAACGGCUCUUCUGGUUUUUUUGUGAUUGUGUGAAGAGGGAAGACUGGGAACUUGCACAGGCCUGCAUUCCUCAGUUACACCGGUGGCAAGAAGAUGGCUGUGAAAAAGUGGAAAGGAUCCUUCAUGCUCUAAUAGUCUGCCCGUCUCAUCUGAGGUGUGGAUCGAACCACAGUCCUCAAAAACUUGCUUGGUUUUGGCUCCUUGUUUUGCAGACGUGGCUCGCAUGGGAGCAGAAAACAGUUCCAGAAGCUCUCCAGAGAGAAACUGAGUUCUUGCUUCUCCUAGAAGAACUAGAAAAGGAUGUCUCACACGCUGCUCUAAAGGAACUAUAUGAAGCUUUUGGAAACAGGCAUGGGUCAGACAGAAAGCCGAGAGAUGGAUCGGUGCAGCUGUUCAGUGCUGAGGUGUUCUCUGCUCUCCGAAAGAUGCUGUUGCAGGCUCCUCGGAAGCUGCAAGCCAUCUUGGAGCUUCUCCAGAAAGACUCUGCCGAGCAGAGCUCUUCGCUCACACACAGUGGCUCUCCACAACGCAUCUUUGUUGACUUUCUCUGGGAGUCUCUAAAAUAUUUGAAGCGCCUCCAGCUAAAUCCAGAGUUAUUGGAAUCUGGUGGGAGCGAGGCCGUGGAUGAAAUUUAUCGUGCCCUUGGCAUGUUGAAUUUGGAGGUGGAGAAUCAGACUGGAGAGCUACGGCUUCUCUGCCGAGAACUUCUGGAUGCCUGUUGGGCUGAGCGGAGCCCACUGAAAGAAGAGAGGCUGCUCGGCUGUCUGCUCAGGAAAGACUGCCAUGCCUUGCUCAAUCUGUUCAGCAGUGUAUUCAUUGAGAAGAUGAGAGAGAAGCUGCUGGGACUGAAGCCACCUGGCAAAGGUACAUCUGAACAGCUGGAUGUGGAGCGGGCAGUGAUGGCAUUGUUCUUGGAUCGUGAACAUGCUCAUUCUUGGAAAGCUGCCUAUUUCUACUGCCUGAGCAGCAACAAGCACUUUUUGGAACAAAUUCUGGGUACAGCAUUAACUUUAUUGAAAAGGGAAGACUUCUCCAGCCUCAACAGUUUACUACGGCAAGAAUUCAGCCAACUCAGUCGCCUCUUGAUAUUGCUAGGGUGGACUCAGUGUCACAGUUUAGAAUCGGCAAAAAUGCUGCUGUGGACUCUUCACAAAUCUCAGGGUCUCCACAAUGACUCAGUAUUAAAAGACUUCUGUGAUGGAUUGUGUGCCCAAGUGGAAGUUCUUGAAUGGUGUAUUCAACAGAAUAGUAAUAUUAUCCCAGAGAAGGUUCUUCUGCAGCACUUGCACAGUUUGGAGUCCCACUCAUCCCUUUAUUUUCUGCACCAUCUUACUAAUCUUGUCGCCCUGAACGAAGAAGCUGUCACUGAACUUCUUCAGGCAAUUCCAGCCAGGGACACAGAAGAAGCUCAAGAUUCAACGGCGAUGGCAGCUUCCAGUCAUUUGAGUCUGCGUCGCAAUCUCAUUCUUUUCCAGGCAUUUUGUGCCAUGAAAUAUGCCAUAUACGCCCUCUGUGUCAAUGCACACAAAGAUUCACAUUGCAAAGACUGCAGGAACCUUUUUGUCAAUGGCCUCCCUGAGGAGAUGCCUGGCGAAUGCAAAUCUUCAGAUCAGCCCCUUUGCCCAGAUUAUGCAGGUCUCUUUGCUCAGUAUCUUGCCAAGUGCCAGCAGUUUUUAAGGACUGUCCCUGUUCCUCUACGCCUGGAACUUCUGGAGAACAUCUUCUCCUUGCUCUUUGUCUCCUACAGCGACCUCUGCAGUGAUGAUCCCCACGAGGAGGACAACACAGAAGAGUCUGUCCUCGAGAAAAAGAACUGUGCCGUCAGGAGGCUUGAGCGUUGUGCUAGCCAAGGCUCUUCCACCUCGGCGAGUCCACAGCACUCGGCAGAGCCCGGAAGGAGACCUGGGACAUGCACUGCCUACGGUACAUCUCACGAGCAUCUCAGCAUCCCAAAGCUGCAAGAUUUGCAGUCAGAUAGCAACAAAUAUGAGUCUUUCAGCUGGAGUCAUCUGGAUUUGAUGCAUUUCAUCCGUGACACCUCUGGGUUUUUAGCGGAUGAUGUAGCAAUGGAGAUCAUUCUCAACAUGCUCCAGGACCAUCUGAAAGAAAUGGAGGGCUCUUCCCCCUGGGACUCGAAGCAUGUGGCUCAGGAAGAGCUUGCACUGCUGGACUGCUUGAAUGUUUCUGCUAACAGAGAUGGCUUUAGUUGUCGUGUGCAGCUGCUCUCCAAGUACCUCUCCGAAGCUCAGUGGCGGCACAAAAUAGUGCUCAGCAACAGAAAUGCGGGAGGUCAACGUGUUCCCAGUAAAACAUGUGGAAGCUUAACCAGGGGGUCCAACUCAAAGAGGAGGCACAGCCUGUCUCAAAGGCCAAAGCCAGGUCAGAAGAAGGGAAUCUCAGGCCCAUCACUGGCAAGCACAAGCAGUGAAUUAAGUCUCACCAGCACAUCAGAUGGAAGUGAGAGUUCGCUAACUGACUGGAGUGAUGUAGAAUAUAGGAUAAAGCCUCAACAGAACUCCCUCAUCCCAAUGAUGCUUUCCCCACCGGAAUCUCUUCUUGUUGCCUGUAUCUUGAGGGGUAACUACGUAGAAGCUCAUCAGGUGGCGAUUAUGUUUAGUUUGGAGGCGUCUUCUUCCUAUGGUGAGCUGAUAUUCUUGGAGCGUUACCAAGAAGUGAUCAAGGAGCUGGCAAAAGUGGAACACAAGAUUGAGCACCAGUCAUCUGAGGGGUCUGGAAACUUCAAACAGUCUGGAAGUGGCCGUUCAACACUGCAGGCCAUUGGAAGUGCUGCAGCAGCAGGUAUGGUGUUCUACUCUAUUUCGGAUGUUACCAACAAGCUCCUUGCCCCUUCAGAAGGCCUUGUCCCUAUGCUCCAAGAGAGCUUCUGGGCCAACAGUCUCCAGCUGGAGCAUACAGACCCUAUGAGAAAUGUUGUGGAGGGCCUCUGCCCCUCCGCCAUGGCUCUCUUUGACUUGGCGUCUACUCAGUGCCACUUAUGGAAAACCUGCAAGCAGCUCUUGGAGACGGCAGAUAGGAAGUUGCACAACAGCCUUGAAACUAAGGGCCGAAGACUUGAUUCUGUUCUCCAGGGCUAUCUUGGCAUGAAGGGUUUCCCAGCAGUUCUUCAACAAAUAAGUAAAAUUAUCAACACAUCACAAGGGCAGCCUAAAUCAGAAAUCUCAGAUGAGAAAAUAAGCAGUCACUUCCACUGCAGCAUUGCUGACCUCAUGCAGACUUGUUACCCCGUCCUGACCGAGAACUGUAUUACCAGCCAGAUUGUUUUAUCACAAGACUUUGACCAAAUCCUUCAAAGACUGGCACAUGUAGAAGAGUCUUCAGAUUCCAAAGGGAACCUGCUGGCCGCAUUAUCAGAACAAGCUUCUUUGAAACCCACAGAAUUGGAGGCACAUCCCAUUUCUAAUCAGUUCAAACUCUUGCUGAGAACCUUGGAGCAACAUGCUCAGACACUUGAAGAGAGCCCUGUGCAAAACCUCUACGUGCAAAGCUUCUUUGACUAUAUUAACAGGCUGGCUGCCGUUCUCCUCCGAAGCCUCACUCCGGAGCUAGAUCAAUCUACAGAGUUAAGAGUGGCAAACCCUUUCCUAUUACUUCAGCAGAGUCCUCCCCAUUUGCUGUCCCAGCUUUUGUUUGAGAGACAGGUUGCUCCUGACAGGCUGUCUUUGCUGCUGGCCAAAGAAGAACUGAACCUAAAUGUGCAAGAAGUGAUCAUCAGCUGCUGCUGUAAGGCAUUGCCUCUGUGCUGUACCAGGCAAAGCAACCAGACCAGGAUCCUUUUGACCAACAUUAGUAGCCUGGCACACCUGCAUGCCUAUCACUGUCUGCCUGACAUGGAGGUUCCAGUCUACAAUCCCGGCAUGGAGUCUGAGGACCUUUCUGCCCAUCCCUCUCCCACUCUGGCUGACCAGAACCAGAACCAGCACAUGCUCACAUCUUCCACCCUCACCUUCUUGAAAUCUCAGUCAAAACUGACAGCUGCUGUGGCUUGUCUUAGUGUGUCAAAGGCUCAGAAGACCCCUAAGCAGGGCCUGUUGUGGAUGGACUUUCGAGGCAAACGGGAAGUUCCCUUGUCUAUAGAGCACGUAGCCAAGGAAUGCGAAGCGCUAUUAAAGGAGUUUCCAUUUCUGGAGAGCUUUCUUCUUGCCAUGUGUGAGCCCCUUCAGGACCCUCAGGAUGAAGGAAAAAGCUUGGCUAGUGCACUUUGUGGCAAGCCUUACGUGCCGUUGCUCUUCCUGGGGUUGCAUUCUGUUAUGGCUGUUGAGGUGUUGAUGGAGAACUUUGAGCAAGCUCUCAGCGCAGGGGACUGGCCCAGAGCCCUCCAGGUCUUGAAUCUCUGCAGCCAGGACACGGAAGAGCUAAUCACAGUGCAGGAUGUCGUACUUAGCUGUGCUGCUGCUGAUGGUAAGGAUGGUUGGCAAUACCUGUUCCGAGUGAGAGAUGCCUUGCUGAGGAGCAGGUUGGCCCUGCGCUGUCUGGAUAACUGGCCCUUGGAGGCUUGUCUAGAAAUCUUGGCUUAUUGUGCCUGCGACCCUGAGGUGCCCGAAGAACUCAGAUCUGAGUUGCAGAGCAAAACGAGAGAGCUUCAGGUUUAUCAAAAGAUUCUAAGUCUACAAGAUGUCACACUAUGGCAUGACUGGCAGGACCUGAAAAGAGCCUGCACUGAUGACCCCCAAACCGUUGUAGGAGUGAUUUUGGAGGCAAAGGAUCAUGAAUUAUGUGAAGAAUGGGGAAACUUGUAUCCUGUUCCAAGAGAUGAUUUGAUCAAUCUUCACCAAGAGCAUCUCCUUCAUUUGUUGGAAAUGGGAGACACAGAAAAGGCUUUGCAGCUCUUGCAAAGGAUAGAAGACCCAGACAUUCAGCUGGUCAUAAGUGAACAGUGUCUUGAUAAACAUCCCAGCCUGGCAGCUUCUCAUUUCCUUGCAGAUUAUCUCACCACACACUUCUACAAACACUUAACGAUUAUGCGCCAUAAUGAAAUUCAGGCCCUUUAUAUGGGAUCAAAGGUCUUACUGACUCUUCCUGAGCCUUACCGUGCUAACUACUCUCACCUGUCCUGCAAGCCACUGCUCAUGGUGGAGCAGCUCUUGAUGAACAUGAAGGUGGAUUGGGUAGCUGUGGCCGUACAGACACUGCACCAGCUCUUGGUUGGGCAAGAGAUAGGCUUUACGGUAGAAGACAUUGAUGCCUUGCUCUCCAAGUAUGCUGGGAAAGCCCUUGACUUCCCUUUCUCAUUAAAAGAGAAAAGAUCAGAUUCUGUGGUUCAGAUGCAGGAGAAUUUGUGUCGGGGAUCUGAGUCUGAUACGUUGUCUAAAUCAGCAUCGACAGAACAGUUUCCAGUUAGUUCUCCUGAUGCAACACAUUCUUCCAGCAUGAGAGAGAGAAGCCUACAGCAAACUGUGUCCCCAGAGGAGUUUGUGCCACCAGAGAAGCCCCCACCAAAACAGCAAUGGAUUCCCGAUGAGACUGAAGUCACGUGUAUGGUCUGCAAAACGGAACGUUUUACUAUGUUUAAUAGACGACAUCACUGCAGACGUUGCGGGAGGCUGGUGUGCAGUUCAUGUUCAACCAAGAAAAUGACGGUGGAAGAGUGUAGAGAAAACCCAGCUCGUGUUUGUGACCAGUGCUACAAUUAUUACAACAAGGGGGGCUCAGAGGACUUUCCCCCUGAGGCAGAAAUUUCAAAAGUGGAGGAUCAUGACCAAGAAGAAGUUGCGUCCUCCGAUAAUGAAUGCUCAGAUUACUCUGCAGUGGUGCAAAUACCCAAAAUAACAGAACUCGAGUGGCUUCUUUCUUUGAGAGAAGAGGAGAACGAAAUUGUGCGCACCGAGUUUUAUUACGAGCAGGCACCCAGUGCUUCCUUGUGUAUUGCUAUCUUCAAUCUCCAUUCGGACAGCGUAGCCUGUGGUCACCAGUUGAUAGAUCACUGCUGCAAGCUUUCUCGAGGGCUGACAAACCCCGAAGUGGAUGCUGGCCUCCUCACAGAUAUCAUGAAACAACUGCUCUUCAGUGCCAAAAUGAUGUUUGUAAAAGCUGGGAUGAGCCAAGAUUUAGCUCUCUGUGACAGCUACAUCAGCAAAGUCGACGUGCUACAUAUUUUAGUCACUGCUUCAUAUCGUCGUAUUCCAUGUCUGGAUCAGAUAUUACAGCCUGCAGCAGUUACAAGGCUAAGAAAUCAGCUUUUGGAAGCAGAAUACUAUCAACUAGCUGUAGAGGUUUCCACGAAGACUGGCCUGGAUCCAGGUGGGGCAUGGCACGCCUGGGGCAUGGCAUGUCUUAAAGCUGGCAACCUCUCUGCUGCCAGAGAGAAAUUCAGCCGGUGCCUAAAGCCACCUCUUGACAUGAACCAGCUAAACUCAGGCUCAAGACUGGUCCAAGAUGUGAUACAGUAUCUGGAGUCCACAGUGAAGCCCAUUAUCUCAGUGCAGGAUGACGACUACUUUGCCACUUUGAAGGAACUGGAAGCAACACUAAGGACACGAAGCCUAUCCCUGGAGCUGAUACCUGAGGGGAAGAUUCAACACAACAGCUACUACCAAGAGUGCCUCUUCUAUUUGCACAACUAUGGCACCAAUCUAGCAAUCAUUCGUUUCUAUAUGAGGCACGACUGCAUGCGAGAAGCACUGCUGCACUUGUUAAAUAAGGAGAGCCCACAAGAAGUAUUUAUUGAAGGGAUAUUAAUCCCAAGCUAUACCAGUGGAAAACUUCACAUGUUGGAAAACUUACUGGAAACCAUUGACCCAGGUCUGGCUAGCUGGGGUACUUAUCUCAUUGCAGCUUGCAAACACUUGCAGAAAAAGAAUUACUAUCAUAUCUUAUAUGAAUUGCAACAAUUUAUGAAGGAUCAAGUCCGUGCUGCUAUGACCUGUAUUAGAUUUUUCACUCACAAUGCAAAGUCUUAUGCUGAAUUGGGAGAAAGGCAUACCUGGCUGUUGAAGGUCAAGGACCAUCUCAAAGUUUACCUACAGGAAGUUUCAAGGAGUUCAGGAAGAAAAAAGGUUACAUGUACUUUCCGUAAGAAAAUGUCUGCUCCUGAAGUCUCAAGGCAUAUCAAUACAGUUGAGCUUCAACUGGAAGUGACAAGAUUCCUUCAUCGGUGCGAAAAAUUGGGAGCCUCAUCUCUGACUGUCUCGUCUGUACCUACACUCUUUGGAAACAAUCAAAUGAAGAUGGAAGUAGCUUGCAAGGUCAUGCUGGAAGGUAAAAACAUUGAAGAAGGCUUUGGGAUUGCGUUUAGAGUUCUACAGGAUUUCCAGCUGGAGGCUGCUGAUGUAUACAUUAAAGUGGCCAGACAACUGGUGAAGCAGCAGAAGUACAGUGAGAUCAGGCAGCUCCUUAAGUGCAUCAAGGAAUCUGGUGCUGAAGAUAAAAUUGAUGGGGACAAUGUCCUCUUAAACUGUCUGGAUGAUUCUGAUUCUAUUCCUGCUGAGGAUCUGGACGAUCUGAUCCAGGAUAUGGACAGCGAUGAAAACAAGAUCCAAGCAUAUCUGAGAUGCCACAAGCUACGUUCCGCUUACCUGGUCUCAGUGAGGCAAGAAAACGCUCGAGCUGUGCAGUUGGUCCUGCAUGUACGGCAGUUGGCUGAGGAUAGUGGGGAAGAUGUGGUGCAAGCCAUCUGCAGCCAGUGGCUUUCAGUGCACCACACCAAACCAAGAAGCUGGCUCACUCAAGGCUCCAAGAAGUGACUUCCAGCAAGUGUAUCAUUGUUGGUGGUUUGCUUUUCUUAUAAAGAAGGGAAAGCUCUGCAUUGUGUUGCUCAGAGCAGCUUAGUCUAUGUAUGGCAGCGGGUUGGAAAGGAGCUGCUCAGAUGCCUCUUCCGAAAAGGAAAGGACUACUGACUAAAAGCCAAUCAUGUCCUGAUGACAACCAACUAUCUCUACCUCAGGGUGUUCUCUCUCUCUCUCUUUCUCACUCCCCCCCCCACCCCAAUCGCCCGGCACAACUUAAAAAUGUUAAUGUUUCAGUCUUUCAUCAACCAUAUUCUCCUGUGCUGCUAUCAGUACAUGUAUAAUUGUUAUAUUAAUUUAAAACCCACAUCGGUUAAAUCUAGUUUGGAACUUAUCUUGUGAGUCUGCUACCGCAAAACUGUAUCACAGGCAAAUCUGUAUAAAGAGCUAGUAAUGUGGGUUUUGAAUUUUGGAAUAUGUAGCAGAUACAUCUCUAGGAUUUCCUUUUGUACAGGUAUGUGCUGUUUCUCCUGUAGGUAUUGGAAAGCAAUGGGAAAUUCUUUUGAGGAAGCUUCCUUUCCUGUUUUGAGAAAUGCACCAGUUGGCUGAGAUGCACUUUGUCCUGCUGCUAAUUGACAUAAACUAGGAUAGCCUAAUUCCUGGAGCCAAACUUUAAGGAUCUUACAACUGACCAGUGGUACAAGUAAACUGGUUUGAUAUGUGAAAUUUGGAAACAAGUUCCAAUUGUUAAAACUGCCACCUGUGGACUUAGCAAAGCUUUUUACGACAUGUGCAUAGCGUGAAAAUUAUUGUAAAAGAGUGUCCUCUCUGUUGUAGCAAACAUACCUCCAGCGGGUGGUAUUUAGAUGGAGUGAAAUAACUAUUGUGUGUUUAUGUGAACUAACUGGAGCAGAGUGCAGAGUUGCAGCCUAGGCCAAGCAAUUAUAGGGGUGAGAUAGUCAUGCAAACUUGGAAUCUGUUUGCCACAAAUCUUUCAAUAAAGUUGCCUCUGUAGCAGCAACUUUAAGCAGCUGCCUUUAGCCAAAAAGCACUCAAUGAAAGCCACAAUGUCUUGCUGUAAGUAUGAGUAGUUAUGGAGCUGUGCAUAAUUCUGCACAUUGCCAUGUGAUGCAUUAAACAUAUAAAGUUAAAUAGAAUCCAGAGAGGAAGCUGCCCCUACAGCCACUUAGAGCAUGGCCUAGACGCUUCGGGAGUCUGGACUGAUUCUAAAUGUAAUGCCCAGUACCUGGUUUUUGUCAUCCCAUUCGCUAAUUAUCUGUCUAUCCUGCUGUCUUUACAGUUACUACAAUUGGAAGUGUAAUUCGCAGUGGGCUUUAAAAUUCCCUUUAAAUCUAAUUAAGGCAGGGCAUCCAGCUAAAACCCUUCAACUCAGUUGAAGGGGCCCAUCAGUUUCUGUGAAAAGGGAACCUAAAUGAUUACAAGGGGGGGGAAUUGAAUUGUAGGUGAUGUCGCUGCACUAAAGUGAUGGCAAGGUAACUGCUGUGCCAUGAUGCACAAUCAAUCCAUAUUUUUCACUUUCCUUGGAAAUAAGCAUACUUAAUUGUUUACACCUUAAAACACCUGGGUUUUUAAGGUUAAUAUUGUCCUUUCCUGCUAACUUUAACUGAGCAUGGUUGACCUUUCUUUAUGGGUCUUGGCUUUACAUUAUAGCCACAAACGUUGGGAACAAUAAGCUCAUGGGAUUUGGUGUCCAGAAAUAGUUUGCAGCUUAAGUUAUAGGGACGGCUACAUUUAGCUUUCAAGUUCUUCCACCUCCUCAGUCUUGAAGCUUAUCCUAUUAGGAAUUUAAGGCUUACAAAAGCUGCUUUUCUAUCUGUCAGAGCUGAAUUUUUACUGGGCUUCAGAAGAACGUGAUGUGACUGGAUGCGGUAUUGAUCAGUUUUCUCAUGGGAAACCAUUUGUGGGGGGAGUAGAGCACUAACUCUGUAUACAGUAUUUUAAGUUGCUAGACAUCUUUCAUUCCUCUGCAUGUCUCUCACAUACAUCUUCACAGGAGAAACAAUAGACCCUGCUAUGGUGAAGAUUCUAGACUAAUUCUGUGUUCCCUUUUGCACUGUACUCUAUGCACUUUACAUUGUUUGCAACUCAAAAUUCCUUAGUGGCUCACUCUAAGGAUUUUUUUUCCCCACCAGCAAAACCUGUCCUAUAAAUUGCCCUGCCUCAUAAAUACUGGUGUUGAUGAGAUGAAACCUUCUGAUGAACAAAUGUUGACCCUUGAUGAGAGAUGAACCUCUGUCCUUAAUGAACAGGAAUAAAGCAUAUUUUGUCAAUUUA